AUGUUUAACCGCUUGGCAAAGUUCAGAAGAGGCGGGGAUAACUAUGAGGACUUGGAUGAGUCUAAUGUUGACCUAGAUUUUACAGAUCCUGCAAUGAAGAACAUUGUAAACUCUGAAAAUGCGGAUUCAAUGGAGAUGAGUGAAAAUCCUGAGGAGACAAGUCCAAAACAAUCCACAGGCGCCGUGGGGACUGAAGAAACCUACAACAUACAGCAAGCUAUAGAUGCUAUAGGUUUUGGGAAAUUUCAAGUAAAGCUGUCUAUCCUCACAGGAUUUGCCUGGAUGGCUGAUGCCAUGGAGAUGAUGAUCUUGGCUAUUUUGUCAUGUGAAUGGCAAUUAGAGAUUACCACUGUUGUAUUUGCUGGUAUGAUGUGCAGCUCUAGCUUAUGGGGCAGUAUGAGUGAUAAAUAUGGACGGAAAACAGAAUUGAUACUGUGUUCAGUGAUGACAUGUUACUUUGGAAUCCUAAGUGCAUUUGCACCUAACUUUUUGUGGAUUCUCAUUUUGAGGGGGCUGGUGGGAUUUGGUAUAGGUGGAGCACCACAAUCGGUAACAUUGUAUUCAGAAUUCUUGCCAUCAGCAUCAAGAGCCACUUGUGUUGUUCUUGUUGAGAUCUUUUGGGCUAUUGGAGCUUGUUUUGAAGUUUUGUUGGCCCUUGUUGUCAUGCCAACACUGGGUUGGCAAUGGCUGCUGGCUCUGUCAGCACUUCCACUUCUCCUGUUCUCCAUCUGCUGUUAUUGGUUGCCAGAAAGUGCCAGGUAUGACAUGACAAGGGGACACACAGAGAAAGCUAUAGCUACACUCAAAAGAAUUGCUCAAGAGAAUGGCAAACCAAUGCCCCCAGGAAGACUAGUGGAACCCUCUAGCAAGGCAUCAAAUAGGGGAAGCAUGAAGGAUCUUUUUAUGCCAGAAUUUAGGAAGACAACAUGUUUCCUAUGGGUUAUAUGGCUGGUGUCAGCAUUUUCAUACUAUGGAAUAGUUUUAAUGACCACAGAAUUGUUUGAAAUAUCUGAUGGAUGUCAUGGUUCCUCUGAGAAGAUAGAGCAGCCUUGCUUUGUUCAGUGUAAAGGUCUGAAAACAGCUGAUUAUGUCGAUCUUACCUGGACAACUUUUGCAGAAUUCCCAGGACUGUUUGUGACUGUUUUCAUCAUAGAGAGGAUAGGGAGGAAAUUCACCAUGGGAUUUGAGUUCUUUGUCUUCAGUGUAUUUGUCUUAUUAGCAAACAUCUGCACUUCAAGACCUGUAUUGACAUUUUUCCUCUUUGUUGCUCGAGCUUUCAUAUCUGGAGCUUUCCAGGCAGCUUAUGUUUACACACCAGAGGUGUAUCCAACUUCUAUGAGAGCCAUAGGGUUGGGAUCCUGUAGUAUGAUGGCAAGGAUAGGUGCUAUCAUAACCCCAUUUGUGGCCCAGGUUUUAUUAAAAGAAUCUUCCUACCUUGCAAUAUCAACAUAUGGAGUUAUCUCCCUUAUUGCUACUGGCGCAGCCAUUUUACUUCCCAUUGAAACCAAAGGAAAAGAAAUGAAAGAUACCAGUUCAGAAAUAACAGUUCAACACUAGGGGUGUGGUGUACGUAAGGUGUUCAGCAUAUUAACCAUUAUGUCAUUGUAUGUGUAUGUAACAAGUGUAUAAUGAGGCGGUCAAUCUGUGAUAGUGUAGUGAUAGAUCCCUGUAUGUUUAAUUGUUAUUGCUUAUGUAUUGAGGUCCCAUUAUUCAAGUGCAUCAUAGGAUUCUGUCUAUACAACUUUGUCUUUAUGUCCCAAAGUUUUGUCCCACUGCCUGGAAGUUAAAAUCUUUGUUUGUUAUGGCCAGCUUUAUAAAUUCUAUUGUCGUUACAUGUUAUCUAUGCUUUCAUAAGCAAUUAUCAACAUGUUAAAAAAUUUUUUUUAAUAAAAUUGUAAACAGAAAUGGUAAUACAACUGUGCCCAGGCCCCUUAAAUGUAAUACCAUCUUAAGUUUUAGGCUCUCUCUUUCUAUAUAUUAUGCAUGAUCGUCAAAGCCAUGUAGUAAAUUUUUCAAGGGGUACUACUUGAAGUAUUAGUUUUACGUCUGUUUGCAUAUACAAUGUACUAUGUUUUUGUUUAGAUUAUUUACGUUUCACUGUGAUAGAUUAAUAAAGCAUACAUUUUCUACUUAUCACCUAAUCAUUUAUAUUCACCAGGGUAUCAUGAGAGUUUUUUUUCUCUAAUUUGUUACUGAUGGAACUAGAAAAAAAUCGUUCAUUGUCAAUACUUUCCUCAUUCCAAAUGUAUCUCUGUUUAAAACAUUUCAAAUGUAUUUCAGUUAAAUUUAUUUGAAACAUUCCAGAGAAUAAACUACUUAAGGUUGAAAAGCAUUCCAAUCGUAAUGGAAAAUUUUCCUGGCCUUUUAAGUUAUUUUGAUUUUGUUAUGAUAAUUUUUAGAAAAUCUACAUGUAAAUAUAUUGUAUAUACAUGUACAUAUUGUUCAGUUUCUGAAUGCUGUACACAGACUUGAUCUUGCCCCAUAUUUAUUUUGUCCUGCCCCAUAUUAAUUUUGUCCAAACCCACUUGCAAACAGCUUGGAUUCAUUUUUAAUUUGCCCAGACAAGUUCUGAAAAUAUGUUCAUCUUUGAUUUGCCCAAUGGUAAUGAGAGCAAAAGGGAAAAUUAGAUUGAGAAAAAAUAUUGCUGUUUUUACAGUAUAUACUGCCUAAGCAGAACAGAUACUGAUAUUCACAGAGGUUAUUGAAUAUAUACAUGUAUGAUUAAAUCUUAAUGGUAACCAAGUAAAGAAUGAUUGAACAAAAAUUGGAUUGCUUGAAUUUUGAUUUAGGUAUUAUUUAUUUACCAUUGCUCAAAUUUUCACAAAUUAAGGACAGGUGAUGCAAAAAAUAAACAACAACAACAAAAAACCAAAAACAAAGGACUUAAUUAAACACUUUUGAAUAUGUUUUAGUUGUCAAUGAUGGAAAUAAUAAAUUUCUAUAAAGAAAUUUCUUUCAAGAAUUUUUUUUUGUUCAAAAAAACCUUUUUGUAACCAUCCAUAUGUAAUGAAAAAUGUGUUAUUAAACUUAUUCAUUUUACUUAUAUAACAUGAGUUAGGUUGCUUUCUUCAUGAUUUUUGUUUAUUUAUUUUAUUUUAAUUUUUUAGAUUAUCUGUAUCAUCUGUCCUUAACAGUAUAUUAAGUGUAAUUUUUACUCGAACUUGUCAGAAUUCAGUACCAAUGUACAGUUAUUAAUUUUGCAGUGGAAGCUAGGACAUUAUUUAUUUGUUACACAAAUAAAACAUAAUUUUUAUUAGUUUUUGCCUGUUAAUAAAGCCCAUGAUGCAUAUGCCAAAAUCAAGUUGUGUUUAAACAAUAUCUUGACAAUUCUUUUCAUAUUCAUGAUUUAUUUCUUGAAAUUUAACUCAAGUUAUAGUUAAACUCAAUUGAAUCUCACAAUAUUUUAAUACGGGGUAUUAUUGUACAAGUAAAUGUAUAUAUAAACUUACUAUUUAUUGUAUUGAUGAUUUAAAUGUGAAUAUCAUGCAUUAUUUUAUAUUAUUAUUUUCUUUUUUUUAACAUUUUCUUUUUUAUUUGAAAGAGUACUGGGUACAUUAUUCUUUACAGUAUGUUAAGAAAUAAAUAUUGAUACAUAUCUAAGACUGAUACAAUGUACAUGUACCAUACAAGGCAAUGCUAAGGUUUAGCAAUAUUGAUAUCUGCAUUUACUGUAUAUCAACCUGAGUACAAUAUACAACCUACAAUCCACAUAAUGUAUAAAGUACAGAAAAAAUUUGUAAAAAUAAAUUUUCUUUGGCAUGCUCCUAAAACCAACAUAACAAUGAGCACUGUUCUUAUUUUUAUCUGAUAGCUGUAACUGUGUUCUAUAUCAUUUAACACUUGAUUAAACCUGCUUGAUAUUAUGCCAUAAUUGUCAAAAGUGCAAUAUCAAUAAUAUAGUUCAGUAAAUAAAUAUCAUUUAAUGUUGUAAUAAAUUGAAUUGUUACUUACAGAGUAAAACAUGAACAUAUA